CAGUAUAUAAGCCAAAGCACGCGUUGUUUUUUCCUUCUACCACAAACAAUUGCAUUAAGUAUGCCUCCCAAAGGAUUGUCGUUAGAUGAGAAAAGAAGGCGCCUGGAACAAAUUUUUUACGAGUCGCGAGACUUUUACCAGUUAAAAGAGCUGGAAAAGCUCGGAUCAAAAAGACACAUCGUCAUGCAGACAGUAAAGGAAGUACUACAAUCGUUAGUUGAUGAUGGAGUGGUUCAUUGCGAAAAAAUCGGUACUAGUAACUACUAUUGGUCAUUCCCUUCUCAGUCGAAACGUUCUCGUGAGGCUUUAAUUGUAAAAUUAGAACAAGAAAUUCAGCAGUUGGAACUAAAAAUUGGAGAAUUGUGUUCAACCAUUGAGGAAGAGAAAAAACUUCGUGCCCGACCAGAAGAUCCCAAUGAGAACAACGAAUAUACGGUAGAGACACUCACAUCACUACAAGAAAAAAUCAAUAAUUUACAAGAAGAGAUACAAAAACAAAAGCGAUUGGACCCUGCUGCUGUGAAAACACAAAAAAUGGAAACAAGACGCUAUUUGGAAGCUGCAAAUAUGUGGACAGAUCAGAUUCACACUCUCUUCGCGUUUUGCCGUGAUAUGGGUGCAGAUGUGAAGCAAUUGCGUGAAUACUGUGACAUUCCCGAAGACCUAGACGAUGUCCAAUUGCCCGUAGAAAAUGCUGUCAACAAGUCAACUUGAACAACAUUCCAAAAAGUAUUACAUUCCAAUUAACAUGAAAAACUCCACUUUCUUUCGCCUUUGUUCCCUAGAAAGCGGCGCAUAGUCGCCGCAACACCGCCGUCGCCAACGCUGCUUAAAAACCCCAAAGGUUGGACACAGAACAGGAGCAACGAAAAGUUUAAAAGGGGAGUCUCUCGAUCUUGUCUGUGCUAG